GGGACGAGCCAGUGCCGGAGGCGGCGGCCAUGAGGGCGGGUGGUUGCGCGGCGGCCAUGCUGGGCCUGGCGCUCGUGCUGAUAUGCGGGGCCCGCGGCGGCCUCGGCGCAGAUCCCAUUAUAGUCACCACCCCGAACGUGACGUCCGGCUCAAAUGGCCAGCUGUACUGCAACAUCAGCGGGGCUGCUUCUGCCAUCGAUGGGCAUAAAUGGAUGAAGGGGGAAGAGGUCCUCCAAUCGGAUGAUACCUCAUCUCACCAAACUGUCUACAAUCUAAAUGAGGUGAAUGCCGAGAGCUCUGGGGAGUACGUGUGCAAGUUCCUGACCAACCCGCCCGCAGAAGGGACUGUGUUUGUGACAGUUAAGCCACAUGUGGUGGCGUACAAGAAGUCUGAGCAUGGGAAUGAAGGCGACACAGGUGUGCUGGUAUGCAAAUGCAAUUCGUAUCCUUCAGUCACCGAGUGGACCUGGUACAAGAAGGAGAAUGACCACUAUAUGCCUGUUGUCAACGGCACAGAGGCUCGGUUCAUCAUCAAGUCCUCUGGCAACAAGACGGAGCUGCGUAUUAUGAGCCUGGAUAUCGAGAAGGAUCCAGGCGAGUACAUCUGCAACGGCACCAACGAGUUGGGCCAGGAUGGUGCCACGGUGAGCCUACGGGUCCGCAGCCGCCUGGCCGCGCUCUGGCCCUUCCUGGGCAUCGUGGCUGAGGUGCUGGUUCUCGUCACCAUCAUCUUUAUCUACGAGAAGAGGAGAAAGCCGGAUGAAGUCCUGGAUGAUGACGAUGGAGGAUCUGCACCGCUGAAAAGCAAUGCCACAAAUCACAAGGACAAGAAUGUCCGCCAGAGGAACGCUAACUAAGAGUGGGCAGGCAGGCAGGUGAUGCAGCCGACGAGCUUGCCCAGACAUCCCUUCUUGUCUUGGAUUUUUUUCUUUUUUUUGGCGAAGUAGCCCCAGACUGCUCUAGCAUGUCCUUGGGACUCCACCACCGCGCACGGGGAAGAAACACAGUGCAGUUGUAGAUUCUCAGACACACUUUUGUAAUAUUUUAAGGAGAAGAGUUGUGGGAGGGUAUCUUUUUUUUGUUUGUUUUUUGUGUGUCUCUUUUUUUUUUUUUUUUUCUACCCCUAACUCGACCCCUUCUGCUGGUAGUCUUGAUCACUGGCUGUCUUGUUCUAGAUCUCAGUGUUUUGUUGCAGAGAGGGGAGCAAGAGUGCCAGCUGCUGCCCUGUUGGCUUUCUGCACUGUGCAGAGCUAAUGGAGAAGAGUGGGAGGGAAGAGCUGAAACUAUUGGUGCUGCACCUUUUUCCUUUGACAUUUCAUCCCCUGCCCCUAUCUUGGGGGAAGUCACACAAGGAACUAACAAGGGCAGGGGUAUCCUGUGAAGCAAGGUAGCAACCAGGCAAGCCUGUGCAUCUCUCCAGCUGUGGCCUAUGUGCCCAGUGUUCCUAAUAUCCCUUCCUGUCCAGGACAUGCGAGGGAGAAAUGGCAGUAACCUGGUCUCACCGAGGGGCAGCAAGAUGGUUACUCAGGAGGAGAGAAACCUUAUUAGUCAAGUUGUGUCCUGGGAAGAGGAAGCUUCUCCCCCUCCCACCCCUGCAGCCCCUUGUGUUGCAUAUUUUUGGGUCGCAUCCUUUCGGACUGGCAGGGCUGGAGGAUUAUUUCCACCCCCCCGAUGACUAGUAUGAGCACCCUCCUCUUCUCCCCUCUCUCCUCUUUCCCCCCUGAAGAAACAAUAGUGCCAUAACUCCUUCAGACAGGCUCCCCCCUUCUAGCAGGGCUGCUCUGCUGGCUCUCCUCUGCCACCACUAACACGGACAACUUGCAGGAAGCAAACUAGGAAACAAGUGUGCUGCAGCAGUCGGCUCAGCCACGUGCUCUCCUUGGUCUCUCCCCAUUGCUACAGCAAAGGGAUGGGCCAGCCCCUCCAUGCUCACCGGGCUCCAGAGCUGGUGUUUAUCCAUGGCUUCACGGGGAGCAGAUCAACCAUGUGUUUCCUUGUGUUGUGAGUCUUGCCACGUCCGUGCGAGGCCAGAGCCCACAGGUGGCCAGCAGCUUCCCUACCUUUUUUGUGUUCCCUACCUCCAUCCUCGCGCUAGUGGCAGGAUCAGCCCUCUGUUAUCACUUUACCAAUAAAGAUGAUUCCUCUUUUU